AUGAUACCCAUAUUAGUUUUCUUAAUAUUAAUUCUCAAUGAAAUUCAUGGAAAAUUUUUAACUAAUCCAGAAAGUUCAUCAUUUGUUCUUCUAAGACAUAUUCGUUUAUUAACUAAUGAUGAACCAUAUUACAUUCGAUGUCCAUAUAAUUUAAAUCAUUUAACACUUCAAUUAUUAAAUUAUUCAAAUGCAUAUUGUUCAAAUUUAUAUUCGACAUCAAAUAAUAAUCAAUGUCAAAAUCAUCAAUCUCCAUGUCGUUUCCAUGCUAAACGUAUUCAACUUCAUUGUAAUCAUCAUUCUUAUUCGAAUCAUGUCGAUGUUUCUUAUCAAUGUUCAUAUAAAACAGUAAUAUCUCCUCCUAUUCGACAUAAAACUUUUACAUUACAUGCACUUUCAUUUCCAACAAAUUUUGCUGAUUCAGAAGAAAGUAUUGUUUUAUUUGUUAUUAGUUUUGGUAUCGUAAUUACACUUUGGAUAUUUAUUUGUUGCAUUUGUUUUAUACGUUGUCGUCAUGCUAAUGAAAAAUGUCAAUUGCUUUCUUAUCAAUCUUAUCCAAAAGUUAAUCAUAAUUUAUUAUCUAAGAAAAAUAACUCGAAGAUUGCUGAUAAUAUUUGUCUUCAUGUCGAUCCAUAUGAAAGUAAUCAUAUCUCAUCAUUAAGAACAAUACAAUUCGCUCGAUAA